ACUGUGUUGGAGGCAGGAGGGCCGUGUUCCCAUGGACGGACAGCACGCUUAUUUAUUUCUUUGGGCAGAUGGCUGAACUCUGUGACCCCUGGAGCCUGUUUGAGCCUCACGCUGUCAGAAAGCAGCUGUUUGGAAAGAGGCGCUGGUUCAUCCUGAUUCGAGGGCUGACAUUCUGAAUGGCAGUUACUGAGCUGAGUUCAGAGCUGGCGAGGUGAGGUCCCCAAGCUUGGAGCUGGAAGUGUAGCCGCCUGAUGCUAGGUAUGGGUGCCUGUGGGGCAAGUGCAUGAUGAACUGGGAAGUGCGGCAGAAAUGAGAGGAGCCAGCGAGGUCCUUCCCUCCUGAGUUGGUGGUGUGUGGAGAAGCGUCACUGGCGGUCCACUUUGCCCGUCCGAAGGGGUGUUUCUGUGGAAAUGGACUUUGGCUAAAGCAAGGAGCCGCUGCUGAAGACACUUGAUGCAGAAACGACUCCCUCAGCAGUAUGACACCGUUCCUAUUCAGUCCAGCGUGGUGUUAUGUUCCUGCCCAUCCCCAUCCAUGGUGAGGACCCAGACUGAGUCCAGCACGGCCCCUGGAGUUGCCAGUGGUGGUAGCAGGCAGGGCCCCACCAUGGACAGCACCGCGGCUGAGGCCCGGCCAAGUGCCAACUCGCUGCAACACACCACACAGCCGCCACCACAGCCUCGGAAGAAACGGCCUGAAGACUUCAAAUUUGGGAAAAUUCUUGGUGAAGGCUCGUUUUCAACAGUUGUCCUGGCCCGAGAACUGGCAACCUCAAGGGAAUAUGCUAUUAAAAUUCUAGAGAAACGUCACAUUAUCAAAGAGAACAAGGUCCCGUAUGUAACCAGAGAGAGAGAUGUGAUGUCACGCCUGGAUCACCCCUUCUUUGUUAAACUUUACUUCACGUUUCAGGAUGAUGAAAAGCUGUAUUUUGGCCUUAGUUAUGCCAAAAAUGGAGAACUACUUAAAUACAUUCGCAAAAUCGGUUCAUUCGAUGAGACGUGCACCCGAUUUUACACAGCCGAGAUGGUGUCUGCUCUAGAGUACUUGCACGGCAGGGGCAUCAUUCACAGGGACCUGAAACCAGAAAACAUUUUGUUAAAUGAGGAGAUGCACAUCCAGAUCACAGAUUUUGGGACAGCAAAAGUGUUAUCCCCAGAGAGUAAACAAGCCAGGGCCAACUCGUUUGUAGGAACAGCCCAGUAUGUUUCUCCAGAGCUGCUCACAGAGAAAUCGGCCUGUAAAAGUUCAGACCUUUGGGCUCUUGGAUGUAUAAUAUACCAGCUUGUGGCAGGACUGCCACCGUUCAGAGCCGGAAACGAAUAUCUUAUAUUUCAGAAGAUCAUUAAGUUGGAGUAUGACUUUCCUGAAAAAUUCUUCCCUAAGGCAAGAGACCUUGUGGAAAAACUUUUGGUUUUAGAUGCUACGAAGCGAUUAGGCUGUGAAGAAAUGGAAGGGUACGGCCCCCUGAAAGCUCAUCCGUUCUUUGAGUCCAUCACGUGGGAGAACCUGCAUCACCAGACACCUCCGAAGCUCACAGCUUACUUACCAGCCAUGUCGGAAGAUGACGAAGACUGCUAUGGAAAUUAUGACAAUCUCCUGAGCCAGUUUGGCUGCAUGCAGGUGUCAUCGUCAUCUUCCUCCCACUCCCUGUCUGCCUCAGACACGGGUGUGCCACAGAGGGCCGGCAGCAACAUCGAGCAGUAUAUCCAUGACCUGGACACUAAUUCUUUUGAACUGGACUUACAGUUUUCCGAAGAUGAGAAGAGGUUGUUAUUGGAGAAGCAGGCCAGUGGAAACCCUUGGCACCAGUUUGUAGAAAAUAAUUUAAUACUAAAAAUGGGUCCAGUAGAUAAACGAAAGGGUUUAUUUGCACGGCGACGGCAGUUACUGCUCACAGAAGGGCCACACUUAUAUUACGUGGAUCCCGUCAACAAAGUCCUGAAAGGUGAAAUUCCAUGGUCACAAGAACUCCGACCAGAGGCCAAGAAUUUUAAAACCUUCUUUGUCCACACGCCGAACAGGACAUAUUACCUGAUGGACCCAAGUGGGAACGCUCACAAAUGGUGCAAAAAGAUCCAGGAGGUGUGGAGGCACAGAUACCAGAGCCACCCCGACGCCCCCGUGCAGUGACAGGCCCACGGCCGCUGCCCUUGCUGCCAGGACGUGCACCCCAGCACGGCUCGCCGCCCUCCGGGACGCUUCCAGACCACCUGCCAGCCAUCUCAAGGGGGACGCAGACGGCGGAACCUUGCAGCUUUUUUAUUUAAAAGAAAAGAAGAAAAAAAUACCCAACCACACAAAGAACAAAACCAAUAAUGAACAGGAAUUCAGGGUCGCUUUGCUUGCUCUCUGUGCUCUGUGGAGGCCUCCCUGAGCUGGCCUGGCCGCGGGGUCCCAGCGCCAUGCACGUCCGCCUGAUUCCCACCCGGACCAGUGGACCAGCGUCAUCACCGUGUACCUUGGUCACCUACUGGUCCUGCUGUGGCCGAGGGGACGGGCGUGUCUUUGGGCUGUUGGUGCCCUAGAUUAUCACAGAACCCUUCACCAGGAAGCUGUGCGUGCCGCUGCUGGCGUGGCCUCUGAUCUCCGUGGGGUGGGAGGGUUCUUGGCUUUUGUCCAUGUGCUCCUUUCCUCGUGUCCCUAGUUCAUGGCCCAUCCCCACCGUGGCGCGGGCCCCUCGCUUUCCUCCUCGAGUAGCUCUGGCUGCAGGAUCUCCAUGGCCUGAUUAUCUGUCUGCGAGUGCUGCACGUGUUGUCUGCCUGACCGGCUCCCACGGGUGAGAAGCAGAGCAAGUUGUCAGGCGAAAUCGUUGGAGGGGCCGGCAAGGUUGUCCUCCAUCAUCCAUCCCUCUGAGCAGGGUUGCCCUCCAGGGAUGGGAACCAGCACAUGCCUGGAGGGAGCACUGUGGGCAGUGGACCGGUUGGCCCCCAGCUGCGGCAAGACGGCUCUGCCUGCCCUGUGGGAGCCAGGGCAGCAAGGUAGACGGCCUGGUGGGCUCCGUGUGGAGGAAUGAGACCUGAUGAGCCCCUUGGGAAAGUGUGUGUAAAGGGUGAGGUGUGCAGUUAAGUGGAGGGGGGACUCCUGUCCUCACAGAGUGGAUGGGACUGUGACAUCCAGGCGGUGGGAGGAGAUGCGGGCCCCCGGCUAGCAUACAAGCGUUUCGGUUAUGGUUGAUAGUUCUCACAGCCUAACUCAGAGCAUUUGUACGUCCUGAUAGAAUCUAAAUGCCUUUUCAUGUUGCCAGGUCACCUGGUCCCCAGCGAGUGGACUUUGCCUGGAAUAAAGUGUUACUCACCUUGCACAAGGGGCAGGAACACCACACUUGAACCCAGCCUGCUCUCCUCCUCCGGUUUCAGGUUUCCUCCUUUCGCUGCUUAGAGGCAGCUCCUGCCCUGCUGUAAACUCCACCUGGUCCAGGUCCCACCAGUCCUUUGAUUGAUUUUGCUGCUGCUCCCUGGACGGUGAGAACUCCUGGCGGGCGGCCUGGCGGGGCUUGGCGUUCCUCGCUCUGCCUAGGUUGUCCCCAGAGGGCAGUCCCGCUGUCGCAGGCUGCUCCCAGAGACAUCUCUGUCCCCAGGGGAUGAACACCUGGCCAUUUCCAUUAGACUUUACCCAGGCACCAGCGAAAGGUCACCCAGGAAAGACCCCCCCCCUCACCACUUGCUGCCCCGUCUCCUCUCUCCAAUGCACCAUCCGUCACCUGUGUGACCAGGGCCCAGAUGGAGAGGAAAGAUGUCUCUCUGCCCUGUUUGAGUGUUAAGAGUAGCUCUUCUUAAACUGGGAGAAAGUGCGGAUGUGGGGAAUUGCACUGUGCUUGGGCAGGGAAAGGGGUUUGGAUGGGAGCAGGGGUGAGGGCCAGGUCUGCAGGUGGUUUCUGUUCAGACCUGGCCUCUGCUCCGAGAGCUGAGAGGGGGUAAGAGAGAGAGAGAGAGAGAGAGAGAGAGAGUGUGAGUGUGUGUGUGUGUGUGUGUGUGUGUGUGUGUGUGUGUGUGUACACGUGUGUACGUGUACAACUGUCGGGUGCCAAGGUGCAGGGCCUACCUGCCCUUGGGUUGUUCUCCCUCUCCUCCUCGCUUUUGAAAGGCUUGCCUGUGUUCACCUGCUUUUCAGAAAGUGUCUGACUCGGUCCUUUCUUUCAGGAAUUCCACUUCAGGCUUCCUCCCAUUUUUCCAGCUCACCCUUCUCCGAACACCCACCUCUGUGUGUGCAAUUAGGAGAGUCAGGAAUCCACUCGGGCAGCGCCUCUCCCAGCGUCUGGUGACAGGGCACUGAGCAGAGCUGGUAUUGGGCUUGAAUGAGAGCAGUCAGUGGGGCCGGUCAGGAGACAUUCUGCCCCCGGAAAGUGCCACUACCUCCUGGGCUUAACCAACAAGCUCCAUCUUCACCUCUAAAACAGAGAAGAAGGGGUUCAGGGAUGAGCUCGCCGCUGACUGAGCUGGAAUGACCGCCCUUGCCUGAGCCAGUGACGGCCGAGCCCUUCUCUGUAGGUCACGUCACCUUCCUCCCUCCACUCACUCAGAGUCCUUUUUUUUUUUUUCUUUAAAUAUUCUUUUCUCCCCCUGUACUUCUACCAGCUUUAGCUUUAUCCACCUCAUCCUAGAGCCAUCAUCCUGGCAUGCAGGUGCCUUACGUUCUAAGAUGCACAUGUCAGUCUGUACACACAGACAUACAUGGAAAUACAAAUGUGGAUUUAUCCAAAGUGAGAAAGAAAUGCCGUUUAAUAUUUACUAGAUCCAGGAGCAUGUCUCUUACUGAGGGCAAGGACAAGUGUUAAGUGCCUAACCAAGCACCAGCCCAGUGGAGCCAGUCCCUCGCGCGUGGGGAGGGAGGGCGCUAGGGGGGCGUGGUCUCCGCUGUGCCUUGCUGCCCUGAGAGCCCGAGGAAGUUGGGGUCGCCUGGGGUGGUUUCCUUCCCUCUCCCUGUGGACCUGAUCAGGGUCUUGGGCAGCGGGCAGCCCCACUGAUAACUGGCACCACCACAUGCCUGCCAUCCUGAACCUGACUCUCCGGAGGCUUGUGACAGACUUGCUUCGGGAAGGAUGGCUCUUGUGGUCAUGCCAGAGUGGCGGGAACUGCACCUGCUCCAGCCCCCUUGGGACAUGGGUUUCUGUGGCCCAGGCCAGAAGGAAUUGCAGGAGAUGGCCCUACGGCACCAACUCCCCACCCUCCUGGGAAGGGGGCUCUGGGUGACUACACUUUCUUCAAAUAGCUGUUUCCUGAAAACCCUAGGUUCACCACCCAGAAAAGACCACUGUGAACACGCUGGUGUCUAGCCUGCCCUCCCCCACCCCCUUUUUUUUUUGCAUUUUUACUAAACUGGGAACAUACAACAUAGUUUUGCAUCCAACCUUUUUCACUUGAUAUUUUACCUUAAAGCAUCUCCUCAUGUCGUGAGCAAUGAUUCAGAAACAUUGCUUUUAAUGUUUGUAGAGUUUAAUGGUUAUACAUUUUAUCAUAAUUUAUCAGGCCAUUUCCCUAUUGUAGAACAUUUGGAUAGUUUCUGGGUUUUUUCACUAUUUAAAUAAUGCUGUGAUGAAUAGCCUUCUAAAUCUUUGAUUUUUGACUCGGAUCCCCUCCUCCCAUUCAUAGAAGUGGUUUGUUUUGGUUUUUUAAUUUAUAUAUACAUUUUAAUAUGAGAAAAAUAAGUAUUUUACAAACAAUGCUGAGAAGGCCAAUAUUAAAAAAAAAAAUUUGCAGGUGGCCUGAGGCAGUACAGGGUUCUCUGGUGUCAUGAGCACUCUCACUUUCUUCACCUGGCUCUUCGGUAGCCCAGUCUGUAACUGGGAUUUUUCUCUAUUGUGACAUCAUAGAGCUCCCCAUUAUCCUUAUUGAAACUCUCCUCCUCAUCAAGAAUCUUUGUCACGUAGUUUCUGUGUAAUGUUUUUCUUGCGUGUGGCAUUGAGAGGUCUAUACAUAUCACUAAGCCAAAGUGGCCACCUUCUCCAGAAAAAGCCCUCCUGACGCUCACGUUCUGAUGAGCAUCUCUUCCAUAGCAAAAAUUAAAGAAAACCUGUGGGAAGCUCAGUCUAGAUGUCAGUGGAGACUAAUCCCUUUGGGGUCGCCACGGAUGUUAUCGGAGAUCGGGUCCUUGUAUCAUCUCAGGAAGGCAUUCCAGGAUGUGCAAACAUUAAUCCACCACACAAAGCCAAGCCGAGGAUUUAUUAAAAGAAAAAUAAUAUUACAGUGCACUCUCAAGAUGGUGUGAGAGUGGACAGGCCCAGGAAAAAGGGCAGCUGCCAGAAGUGGUAGGUAUUUUUGAGUCAGAAUUUGUUCAUUUAAAAGUUGGUGUUAAUCUCUUUCUCCAUCUUGAUUUGAUGCUUAGAUGCUCAGAAUUCUAGUAAGAACCUUAGUUCCGUUCAGAUCCUGAAGAAAUGAAUUACUGGUAAGCUGUGUGUUCCAAAGAAUGUUUGAAUAAGACAGCUUUUUUUUUCUAUUCUAAAAUGAUGUCAUUACUGCAGUCCAUUUGUGACCAAUUUUUCCAAAACCCAAUUUCCUUAUUUUCAUUGAAAGAAUCUGGUGUGCUUGCAUGUUCGUUACCUUCCCAUCGCUGCUGCUAUAGCUUUCAAGUGCUUGGUGAUAUUUUCAGAAUCUUGUACUUUGUGUCCACAAAUGGUACUGAAUUUCCAUCUGCACAGUCAGCAGAGAUAGAAAGUGUUGAACUGACCUUGCCACAUGCUUACUGGAUGAUGUGUAUUUAAGUUCAUAGACUCAAAGUUCCCUGGGCCAUUGGGAAUCCGUAACAGCAAAGGCUCUACUUGAAAAAGAAACCACGCAGACAGUUAAGGGUUUUACAGAGUGCGUUUGCUCCCAUGCUCUUCAAAUCCUGGAACUUGGUGGGUUCAGUAGGGCAGGUGGCCAGGCAUUUUCAUGGUACUGUGUAAUUGUCCUGGCUGAUUAGAAUCUAAGGACUUCUCCCCUCUUUGUACCCACCAUGUUGCAGGUUUGCCUAGUUGUCUUUAAGUCCAGACCACCCAAGUUUGGUUUCAUUCUUAAUUUCCCCACUUUAGUUUUGGGUCUGUUUUAUUAUGAGGAGGAACAUGCACAAGAGAUUUUUCUAGGUGUCGUGCUCAGUCAGUGCCACUUUGUCAGAGAUUAUGGCUGAAUUGUGCAGAAUUAAGUCUCCCACCAGCCUCCUCUGACACCCCAGGUCUCCUCUCACUUGGCCAGUCCACAGACUGAGGGUGCUCACUGCCCAGACUGCAGAGGCUGUCGUCACUGGGAGAGUUUGGUGAUGUUACUAUCCUUGGAGAUGUUGCUACACACGUCUUUCCAUAUUGUUUCUUUUCCUAUCCAAACCUAGCAUGAACUGAUGGUGACUCAAGUGGGUAUGGCACUGGCCUCUUAGGCAACCUACACGGCAAGUGCUUUAAAUCAGGGCAGGGGUCACUCCCAGAGCCUCUGAGGGGCACAGGCUGAUGGGCCAAGGUUGCAGGGCUGUAAAUCAGGCUGCCUGUAGAAAACUGGUCUGGGGAGGAAGUUGUUCCAGCAAAGAGCGGUGUUGUCUCUGGCCCAAACAGCCGUAGUGGGCCACUGAACAAGCCUACCUGUAUACCUGAAUUUUCCCCAUAACUCAUUUCUUCAAUAUGAAGAAACACCAAACUUGAUGUACAGAGGACUUUGUACAAAAGGCAAACAUUUUUUAGCUGUGUAAUCCACCCUAGUAGAACCUGUCUGGCUGAAUGACUAUGAAUAGUGUCAUUCUGUUGGUGAAAAGCCUCUAUCACGAUCCUAAGUUUGAUUGGAUGCUGGCAAAAUUAAAUCUUGGAGUAUUUAGAGCUGCUGUAUCUGUUCCUUAACAACACAAAAUAGGAUGAAUCAAUAGUAUGUUAGCUGUCUUUCAGGUUGGUGGCAGUCAGUUAGAACAUGUUUAAUAUUCUCUACCUGGUCUGUAGCUGUAACUGUGAUGUACAGGCAAAGCAAAAAUUAAAAAAAAAACUUAUGAAAACAAAUAAUGCAAUGAUAUUAGGAUAUACACUUUUGUAUUUUUAUUCUUAUAUAAGGUUAUUUGCUGGCUAUUGUUGGCCUCUAGUUCAGUCUGUGUUAUUUAAAAUCUAAUAUAUGAAUUAUUUGGAUUGAAUUCAUGUUCGGGGCCACGUUGUUGUAUGUAUUGAUGUACAGCCUUGAAUGUGAAUAAUUAUUGUAAACUAUAUUUUACAACUUUUUUUCUGGCUUUAUUAUAUAAAUUUUCUAUUUGGUCAAUGAUUUAAUCAUAUAAUUUAAUGAAUCUUUUCUUUUUUUCAAAUAUUUGUGCUUUAGAUGUAGUUGCCAGAUGAUGAAUUUUACACAAGUAUGCUCGUAGUCUUGUAAUAAAAAAGCAUGUAGAGUGUAGACGUU